AGCAGUUUGAGUUUCUGUCUUAAAUUGUCCAGCUCAAAUCCCACUGGAUUACCAAAGGCUGCUGAAUUGAAGUUCAGGCUUUCUCACUCAGAUGAGAUUCGAGAUGAUGCCCAGCAGUGGUGAUGGGAAAAAUCUGGAUCUCUCCAGACUAACAGAUGCCGAAGCCAAGCAUGUCUGGCAGGUGAUUCAGAGAGACUUACAUCUGCGGAAGAAAGAAGAGGACAGACUAGGGGAGCUGAAGACCAAAAUAUUAAAAGAGGACACAAAGAGAGAGCUGCUGGAAUAUCAGCCAAAACUCAGCGAUUCUCUCUGCAUCCGUUGUUUACAGCCCUUCAAAUUCCUUGUCAACAGCAAGCGCCAAUGUCUGGACUGCAAGCUCUUUGUCUGCAAGUCCUGCAGCCAUUUUAACAAGAAGGACGAACGUGGUUGGGUGUGUGAUCCAUGCCACAUGGCCAGAAUCCUCAAGAUUGGCACAUUGGAAUGGUUCCAUGAGAAUGUACGCUCUCGCUUCAAACGUUUCGGCAGCGCAAAGGUCAUGAAUUCACUUUUCAAGUGGCUAAACAACGAUCGUGCCUGCUCUCAAAUGGACCUCAGAGAGCCUCGAGACGAUGAUACGCACAGCAUGCCUGAAGUGCACACUGGUUCUCUGUAUAGCCAGGAGGAUGAGCAAUCUGAGGGGCCAGACAGACGGCGCUUCAGCCUGAUCAGAAGAGGCAGACGGCUGCUUCCCGUUGAUCCUGUUGAUUUUAAUCUUGGUAUUGAGACCUCUGCUUAUUCUCGGCCUCAUUUCUCUCUGUAUUCAGGUAGCCAGGAGAAAAUAACCCAGAGUAAAGGUUCAGUAGUUAAAGAGGACUGGUCCACAACAGUUAAGCAGAUCCUGGAGAAUGGAGCUAAUGUCAAAGGUGAUGAGAUGAUGGAUAUGUUUCAAAUCAGCCAAAGAAGUCUGGACAAACCUUCUCGUUUUUUUGAUGACUGCACACCACACCUAGAGCAGAGGUUGACAAAAGCUUGUUCCCAUUCUAAGAUGAGCAUUUCCUCAGCUGGCAGUUCUAACUAUUGCCUCCACCGUGAGCUUUCCUAUAGCCUGGAUGACUCAGAAGAUGAUGAGUCUCAGAUGAAUUUCAUAUACAGUCCUCCCCUACAGAGGGAGCCCUCACCAGAUGACGUUCCCCCACAGAUUAUUGAGCUCAGUAAGCGUAUAUCAGCAAUCGAGACACUUCUCUGCCGUUUGGAGCAGAAAAUGACAGUUCCAGUAACUGGAGAAUCAAUGGAACAGGUUGAGCCAGAGAAAGAGGAGGAUCUGUCUCCAGCUGACCUAGAGGAGCUUGAGCUCAGGAAAAAACUUGAUGAACUUACUGAAAAAAUAAGUGACAAAGGCCUGUCCUCUGAUGAGGAUGAUGCAGCAAAAUCUUCAGAGGACUCUCCAAAGCAAGAAGCUGUUUAUCACACUACAGCUAUGAGAAGAACUUCAGCUGGACUUGUCAGCCAUGAGUGGCCUUUGGUGGAUGAAUGGAAAGCAAAGCCGGAUUUGCAUAAAUCCCUCAAAAAGCAGAGGAGGGUCAGUUCCUUUGAGCUUAGUAACACAACCAGCUGUGAGCUGUCACAACUGGAGGGAAAGGUUGCAAUGGCAGCAGCCAGUGUUCAGAGCACGCAAAGCGGGGUCACAGACAUUCAGAAAAGAAUGGCUGCUUUGAGUGCUGCGGGAAUGUCAAUGGAGUCUUCCCGUAGACGGGCUUCUCAGUCUUCAAGGCUGUUGAAUGAUUUUCCAAGAGCCAGCAAUGAAGCAAGAUCUUUACGGAAGCUGAGCAUCAUGUGAAUCAAGCUUAUGCACUUUAACAUAUUUUUAGUAAGCUGUGAUGGAAUACAAACUCACAAAACACUUUACAUAAGGCAAAUUAUAUAUGAGAGAAUUAGCUGUAAGUGUUUGUGGCCUGGACUCCCAUCUCGUUAAGGUGAUUAAUUUAAUUAAGAGUUAAGAUAUAUUUAAUAAUUGCUUUAGUGCUUUCAGUAGAUUAUUGUUUAGUGUCAGAUUACUCAGAUAAAAUGAGAGUUUGUAACAUGCCCUUUUUUUCUCUUAGAAUAGAAAAUGUACCAGAAUGCCAAUUAUGCAUGACAGAAACUAUGUUUGAACUCCUGUUGUUUAAAUAAUAAAACACCUUAAGAAUAUGUCUAUUAUAAAAUGUUCAAUAUUUAAUAUCUGAAUUAAAUUCAGAUAUAGACCUAGUUAACUUUAUUUCCCUCAGUAUAUUGCAUACAAUAUUGUAUUUGAUACAUUUUUCAGAUAUUAUAAAUGAUUGUAUUUUUAUUUUGCUCAUUAAAUAUCUUACACUACUCAAAUCUCAUUGUCCUCUGCUCCGUUUCAGCACUGAUUAACUGAACAGCGCAUUUCUAACACAUAUUCCAACAUCACAUGUUUAGAAUAAGGAUAUUUUGUGUAUACAUGCAUGCUAUGUAGUAUUCACCCUCCCCCAAAGGGGAUAUAAAUCGGUGGAUCACACUAGAGCAUCUCCUUAACCUCUUAGAAAGACUCCAGGAAGCCUCUCAAUGAAACUCCUUUCACAAACUGCUACCUAGAGGACAAGACACCUAUGCUUACUCUUCACUAAAGGAUAUUUUUAUAUGUCAAUUGAGGAUCACAGAAUAAUACCAGGAGGUGAACAGCUUGCAACAUCCUGUAAGUGUCAAUACAGAGUUAUUCAUCAAAUUUGGAGGCAUGGAAGACUUUAAGAACCCUGAAAUUAGAAGCCAGAACCAGAUGUUAGCAUUGAAUUUCUACAUUUAAAUAUUAUCCUAAAACAGUAAUUAUUUUGGUGUUGUACUUUUCAUUGUACAUUUUUGUAUUCGGUUGUCAAUUUAUUUAUAUAUGUUUUGAUUAUAGAUUUAUUUAUUUUUUAUUUGGAGAAAGACAAAUUAUUGAGCUUUGAUUGUAUUGCUGUUUCUUAUUCAUUUUUGCAGGUGACAAAUUCCUCGCUGUCUG